CUAUUAAACAGUGUCAUAUUUAUUAUUAUACCCCUCACAUUCAGGUCGUUUCUAUUAUUACGAUAAUUCAUUGUUGGAGGAUCAAUCAAAACAUCAGCUUCGGGAGAUCUCUUCUGGGAAUCGAGGAUCUGUUGAGUUACGGAUAAUCAUGAUACAUUUUGUGCUUCUAGUUAGUCGACAAGGAAAAGUAAGGCUAACCAAGUGGUAUUCGCCUUACACACAGAAGGAAAGGUCUAAGGUCAUACGCGAACUCAGCGGUGUAAUCCUUAACAGAGGUCCCAAGCUCUGUAAUUUCAUCGAAUGGAGAGGAUACAAGGUUGUCUACAAAAGGUAUGCAAGCCUGUACUUCUGCAUGUGCAUUGAUGAGGCGGAUAACGAGCUAGAGGUGCUGGAGAUCAUUCAUCACUAUGUCGAGAUUCUUGACCGUUACUUUGGCAGUGUGUGUGAACUCGAUUUGAUUUUUAACUUCCACAAGGCGUAUUAUAUACUGGAUGAGCUGUUGAUCGCCGGUGAACUUCAAGAGUCGAGCAAGAAAACAGUGGCGAGGAUAAUAUCAGCUCAGGAUCAAUUGGUGGAGGCUGCUAAAGAGGAGGCUAGUUCCAUAAGUAACAUCAUUGCUCAGGCUACCAAGUAGUUUCUUUCUGAUUUGUUGUUAAAAAGCAUUCGUUAAUGGUUUAAUAUUUCCUUAUUUUCUGAGAAAUUCUAUUCUAAAUCACACUUUUCUUUUCCAUGUUAUGUCAUGUGUUUUGUCUGUUUGAUAAGAAGAAAGAAACAUUUAUUGA